GAGAGAGAGAGAGAGAGAGAGAGAGAGUACACCGGCUGGACACGAACCGGACCCGACGCCCGGUGCCGCGGCGGCCGCACGCAUGGUUCUGCUUCGGCACAUCUCCGUAGCCCUGACCGCCGCCGUGGCCGCGCUCGGCUCCGCGCUCUUCAUCGCCUGGAGUUACUUCUACAGGAGGAGGGUACGCUCUCCCGAGGUGGACUACCGCACCAUCCAGGAGCAGGAAGAUGAGGAGCGGAGCGAGAGACAGGUGCUGGUCCUGGGACUGGACGGGGCAGGGAAGAGCAGCAUGCUGCAGGGCCUCAACGGGAAGGGAGCACACAGGGGCUGUCGCCCCACCAGAGGCUUCAACUUCAUGAGCGUCAGCACGCCGGCGUGCCAGUUUGACUUCCUGGAGAUUGGAGGUGGCGAGGACCUGCGGGUGUACUGGACAGAGUACCUGAGGAGGACCCAUGUCCUGGUGUACGUGGUGGACUGCUCCGACCGAGGGCGCCUCCCGCUGGCCAAAGACGAACUGCACAGGCUGCUGAGAGCCGACGCGCGCUUCCCCGUGGUGGUCCUGGGGAACAAGCAGGACAAACCCGAGGCCAUGAGUGUGUCCGAGCUCCGCGACGCCCUGUGCCUGGGAGCCGUGUCGGACGAGCGGAAGGUCUUCCUGCUGGCUGCCCAACUGGGCUCCGAUGGCCUCGGAGCGCAGGGGACCCUGCAGGCCUUCAAGGACCUGCUGCUGCAGCUGGUAUGAUGAUCGACAGCCCUGUUUGAGGUCCCAGGCAGCCCUCUGUAGGGGAUCCGGCCAAACUGGAGCGGGACUAAAGUAAUAAAGGCCUCUCAGGGUCCGAGGGUAGUUCCCAGGACACAAACGCAGACGAGAAUAUUCCAGAAAGCAGCGGGCUGUGGUUCUGCUCAUUGACUUAAGAAUAAAAUCUAGAAAGAAGAAGUUCUACAAGUAUACUCAGAAGCAGGGAAAUGGUGAAAAUUUUGCAUAUUUCACGGCACAGACCCAGAAGAACCUUUCAGUAGUUCUGAUAACUUAGCGUGUAAAUAUUUGAACGUUUAAAUGUACAUAGGAGCACCUUAACCCCAUUGCAGGACAAGGGAGUUAAUGUUACUCUUGAAAGACAGGGGCGAUUAAUCUAAAGCUAAAUAAGAAUCAGAAUGUAGCAUUUUUUAAUUACUUCUUUAUGAGCAUCUGGCAUGGACAAUAUUUACGCAUUUGCACCGUAAUACCGCCGUCAGAGCUUUGAAAAAAUAAGGUUAAAAAAAGACUAGUUUCAUUCACAUGUGACAACGCUGAACAGUGAAAUCCUGGAGUUUGUUGUACAGCACAGCCAAAUUAACUAUGUAUACUGUAUUUAUAACUAUUUAUAGGUUUUACAUAUUGUCUUUGUUUUUGCUAAUAUUUCUAGAGGAAUUCGAGUUGGAUCUUUUGUACACAAAACGGUGACUUUACAGCGUGGUCUUUCUAUACCUGCAGUUAUUUAAAUGAAAUACCUGUAUUUGCCGAAUGUUUUUUUGCAAUGUCACCAGUCAGAGUUGAAUGACCGGCCGCUUUUUGACCCAUUUUACUCACCGUUACAGAACAACUGCUCUGUCAGCUACCAUGCGUCAGGUUUGGAAAAUUUUAGCAUUAAUUGUAUUUGGUGCAUAACUUUGAUAUCUAAAAUCUGCGAACUGAACUUGCUCAAUUGCUAAAUCUCAUAGAAACCGCAUGUCACAACUGGGCACUGCUUGUUCUCUGAAAGGACCGCUAAUAACGUUUUCAUUUGGUGGCAAAUGUGUGUAAAAUGUAGUACAGGCGCACAAUCUGUUGGAAGUACAUCUUGUUUAGUACUUCGAGAUUUGAUCGAAAUGAUCAGCUGACACUUCAUGAAGCUCCACAUCACUAUUAGAAGGGUUCAAGGACUCUGUUUGCAACACCUUCUUAUAGUUAUGCAUAUCCUUAUGUGUAUAUAUACUAUACUUGUGUCCAUCAGCACAUAUUAAUAUGAUCACUUUAGGAAUAUAACAAAGUAAGAUGUUCAAUUUGUCGAUCAGUAACACAUUCUUUCCCUGUGCUAACUUAAAAGUGUGCAUGAUCUCUGGUGUAAGUGGUUUUAAGCAAACACAUCAGCCGAGAUAAAGGUACAAAUCUUCUUCUCGGCAGCAACGUUUUAAGCUGCAUUUUUCGGGGAAAACAGCGGCUCACUGGCAACAGAGCAGUUGUUCCUAUCAAUUUCUGAUAAUAUGGUAUUUAGCAUUAUUUAGAACAGCAUGUGCCUAAUUGAUAAUGCAUAUUUUCUGUGGCUUGUUUAGGCCAAUAAUACGUUUUAAGGGUCUUUUUGUGUCUAGAGUAGGCACGGAGCACAAUUAUACUGUGAUUGCAGAAAAUGUGUGGUAAAAGAGGACCUUUUCUGUAUAUUAUCUGUCAUUACCAGGGAGCUGCAUUAGUUUCUCACUGUGUGGGUAUGUUUAUUUAAAAUCGUGUUUCACCUGACUGCACUUAACUGUAAGCAAUGCACAGUACACUCCUGUCCUUUCUGGAACUUGAUUUGUCAACUGUCAAACACUGAAUUGUGGUGUUCUAUUGUGUCUUUGGGUGCUCAACACACACACACACACACACACACACACACACACACACACAC